UCAUCAGCAUCACCCGACAGCAGGAGCACUCGAGCAUUCUUCAUGAUCCUGCAUUAGAGCCGCGCUCUCUAUCAACAAACCACGGGCCUCCACCGAUCUAACAGCGGCUCUACGCGCAUAUCACACUUUAAAUCAUGGAUAAUUCUGGCAAAGAGAAGGAAGCCAUGCAGCUGAUGGCAGAGGCGGAUAAAAAAGUCAAAUCAUCGGGUUCGUUUCUCGGAGGGAUGUUCGGGGGUAAUCAUAAGGUAGAGGAUGCAUGUGAAAUUUAUGCCAGAGCUGCCAACAUGUUCAAGAUGGCCAAGAAUUGGAGUGCUGCAGGAAAUGCAUUCUGCCAAGCUGCCAGACUUCAUAUGCAGAUGCAGAACAAACUGGACUCUGCAACCAGCUUCGUCGAUGCAGGAAAUGCUUACAAGAAGGCAGAUCCUCAUGAGGCUAUCAACUGUUUAAACGCAGCUAUUGACAUUUAUACAGACAUGGGGAGGUUCACAAUUGCCGCGAAGCAUCACAUGACUAUUGCAGAGAUCUAUGAAUCUGAGCUAGUGGACAUUGAAAAGGCGAUUGCCCAUUACGAGCAGGCCGCAGAUUAUUACAAAGGCGAGGAGUCAAACAGCUCUGCCAAUAAAUGUCUGCUGAAGGUCGGCUCUUACAGCGCUCAGCUUGAGCAGUAUCCCAAAGCCAUUGAGAUCUUUGAGCAGGUCGCAACCAAAACAAUGGACAACCCGCUCCUGAAAUACAAUGCUAAAGAGUAUUUCUGGAAAGCAGCUCUGUGCCACUUCAUAGUGGAUGAAUUAAAUGCAAAGCUUGCCAUUGAAAAGUAUGAAGGGAUGUUUCCGGCAUUCUCUGACUCAAGAGAAUGUAAGCUUUUAAAAAAACUUCUGGAAGCUCAUGAGGAGCAGAACUGUGAGGCGUUCACUGAGGCAGUAAAGGAGUUUGAUUCGAUCUCCCGUCUCGAACAAUGGCAGACCACGAUGCUGCUGCGUAUCAAGAAAACCAUCCAAGGUGAUGGAGGUGACCUGAAGUGAUGCGUUGAAGACAGAUAUUGUGGCAUCAUAUCCAGUUUAAUUUCUUAUUGUACUGUAUGUAUAUGUGACAAUCUGGUUGAACAUUUCUGUAGUGCUAGAACUCAAAAACUAGCCCAGAUUCCAGUCUGUUGAGAUAUUAAAACAGGUUACUUGUAUUGUGAUAGACUGGCGUUUGGGAAACCAGAAGUAUAUACAAUGUUAAUAUUGCUUAUUCACUCCUGGAAGGUCUGUGCAAUUACAUUUCUCAAUCCCUUUACUUCACCAUGAAGAAAUCUUUAACAUUAACCCUUGUUUGUACUUGUAUGUGGCGUGCAUGAUCCUGUAGAGCUGUUAUCUUUCUAAUGUUCACUUACAUGUUGUCACUGGUACUGUCAUGCAUGAUAAAUGUUUAAAGUGUGUUAAUGUGGUGUAAACUAUCAGGAGUUUGUGUGCGCACUUUAUUUCAAAACUUGUUUAGAUUGAAAACACAUUGCAUUUGCUUAUUAUAACCAUUUUUGGGCCAUUGGUCUCAAAAAUGGAGCCGAUGCUGUCUUUGUCGAAAAGGAAGUGUUUUUGUCCAAGUUUUAGCAUUACUGUUAAAUUAAGCGUAAAUGUUUCUAAGAGUCUCAGAAAACAUGAUGAAAAUAAUGUUGUUGAAAAUGUAAAUAUCAGUUACGAUUGUUGGUUUCCUUUCGUAUUAUUUAUAAUUUUGUUUAGUUAGUUGUUGUUUCACUGAGGCAUAUGUUGUUUUAAACAUCCAAAAUGUAUCAUUCUUAAUUGUUUGUUCACUUUCUGCUUUGUUGUUUGAAGUUCUAUACAGUGUUAUAAAUCGUUUUACUCUUUAUUUCAGUAAUUAAAUGAUUAUGCUGAUUGAAUGAACUGAUAUAUCAAACAAUAAAACACAUUGUGCGACUGUCAGGGAAAAAAUAAUGUAAAAUAGAUGGCAAAUCUUAUUGAGACAUUUCAAUAAAUGUGCUAUUUGUUCAAAGAUUAAUUAUAAUAAAUUAUGAUC